AUGUUACCAUCAUGGAAAGCCUUUAAAGCACAUAAUAUACUUCGUAUUCUGACCCGUUUCCAGUCAACCAAAAUUCCAGAUGCAGUUAUCGGUAUUGAUUUAGGUACUACCAAUUCUGCGGUAGCUAUUAUGGAAGGUAAAGUUCCGAGAAUUAUCGAAAAUGCAGAAGGCUCAAGAACUACUCCGUCUGUAGUGGCUUUCACUAAAGACGGAGAACGUUUAGUUGGUGAGCCAGCCAAACGACAAUCCGUCAUAAACUCAGAAAACACUUUGUUUGCUACUAAGCGUUUAAUCGGCCGCCGUUUCGAGGACGCUGAAGUCCAAAGAGAUAUUAAUCAGGUUCCUUUCAAAAUCGUCAAGCAUUCUAAUGGAGAUGCCUGGGUAGAGGCUAGAAACAGAACGUACUCCCCCGCCCAAAUAGGAGGUUUUAUCUUAAAUAAAAUGAAGGAAACAGCGGAGGCUUACUUAGCGAAGAGCGUCAAAAAUGCUGUUGUCACCGUUCCUGCUUACUUCAAUGAUGCCCAAAGACAAGCUACUAAAGACGCAGGACAAAUUAUUGGGCUUAAUGUAUUACGUGUUGUCAACGAACCAACAGCUGCUGCCCUAGCUUACGGUCUAGAUAAAUCAGAGCCAAAAGUCAUUGCUGUUUUCGACUUGGGCGGUGGUACUUUCGAUAUUUCAAUCCUGGACAUCGAUAACGGUAUCUUUGAGGUUAAAUCUACCAAUGGUGACACCCAUUUGGGUGGCGAAGAUUUUGACAUUUAUUUGUUGCAAGAAAUUAUUUCUCAUUUCAAGAAAGAAACCGGUAUCGAUUUGAGUAAUGACCGUAUGGCUGUCCAAAGAAUAAGAGAAGCCGCUGAAAAGGCUAAAAUCGAACUGUCUUCUACACUCUCUACAGAAAUAAACUUGCCUUUCAUAACUGCUGAUGCUGCAGGCCCAAAGCAUAUUCGUAUGCCCUUUUCUAGGGUUCAGCUUGAGAAUAUAACCGCCCCAUUGAUUGAUAGAACGGUUGAUCCUGUCAAAAAAGCACUGAAAGACGCAAGAAUUACCGCCUCAGAUAUAUCGGAUGUUUUAUUAGUUGGUGGUAUGUCAAGGAUGCCCAAGGUUGCAGAUACUGUAAAGAAAUUAUUCGGUAAGGAUGCAUCAAAAGCUGUUAACCCUGAUGAAGCAGUCGCUUUAGGGGCCGCUAUACAGGCUGCGGUCUUGUCUGGUGAAGUUACCGAUGUUUUGUUGCUAGAUGUCACUCCCCUAUCAUUGGGUAUUGAAACUUUAGGAGGAGUUUUUACAAAAUUAAUCCCAAGAAAUUCUACAAUUCCCAAUAAGAAAUCUCAAAUUUUUUCAACUGCGGCAUCAGGUCAAACAUCGGUGGAAGUUAAAGUUUUCCAAGGUGAGAGGGAGUUAGUCAAGGAUAACAAAUUAAUAGGUAAUUUUACUCUUGCGGGCAUUCCUCCAGCUCCAAAAGGUACCCCACAAAUUGAAGUCACUUUUGAUAUCGAUGCGAACGGCAUCAUCAACGUUUCAGCAAAAGAUCUCGCCAGCCACAAAGACUCUUCCAUCACUGUUGCCGGAGCGUCUGGGCUAUCUGAUACGGAGAUUGAUCGAAUGGUUAAUGAAGCGGAAAGAUAUAAAAAUCAGGAUAGAGCCAGAAGGAAUGCCAUCGAAACCGCUAACAAAGCUGACCAGCUAGCUAAUGACACAGAAAAUUCCAUUAAGGAAUUCGAAGGUAAGCUAGAUAAAACUGAUUCUCAAAGACUAAAAGAUCAAAUUUCAUCCUUAAGGGAAUUGGUUUCUCGGAGUCAAGCUGGAGAUGAGGUUAAUGAUGACGAUGUUGGAACAAAAAUUGACAAUUUGCGAACUUCAUCGAUGAAACUUUUUGAACAGUUAUACAAGAACAGUGACAAUCCUGAAACUAAGAACGGGAGAGAAAAUAAAUAA